AUUUUUGGGUGCUUCAUAUUGAAAGGGACUCGUGCCAAUGGUGGAGAAAUCUUUGCCGGAGGGCGUAGAGAUACACCCAACAGCGAUUGUUUGUCGAGAGGCGUUACUAGAAGGUUGCGUACGCAUAGGAGCUGGUACCGUUGUUCAUCCAUUCGCUAUGGUUAAAGCCACUAACGGACCAAUUAUAAUCGGAGAAAAUAACAUCAUCGAAGACCGAUGCCUUAUUGAAAAUAUGUGA